AUGCCCCAUCGCGCGGUGGAACAUCAUCACUGGACCCCCUUUUCUCUUCCAUCUGCCAGCGGUCAGAUGUUGGAGCAUGGUCCAAACCACCAACCACGUCCACCUCCCCCGAAUUCCUUCAGCAGCAGCCGCCCAGCAACAAUGACCACGCAUCCCCACUUUGCGACACCGAGAGGUGAAGGCGCUCGGAUUGAAAACUACUUGUUUCGUGUCAUCAGCCCGCGGCGUCCCACACCCAGCGCCGAACCUCGACCCUAA